AGCCUUUAUCCUUGUAUCCUUACAAUUUAUAACAUCAGCCGCCACCUUCACUUCACUAGUAUUUUCAAUACGACUGAGUGUCUUCAUUAUGAAAUAUGAUAGCAUUAUAAGUCGUCGUCAUCAACCAUCUUGUCGAGACUCUAUCUCAAAAGAUCAGAAUACGCCCAAUAGAGUUGAUAUACAUUUCACAUUCCGAGCUGUGGUGUGCGGACUAUGCAUUGGCACAUUGAUGUGUUUCUCUAAUAUGUACUUUGGGUUACAAACAGGAUGGAUAUCUAUGAUGUCGCUCCAGUCUUCAUUACUAGGAUUUGCUAUCUUUAAGCCCUUUCAGCAUUUAUUAAAGCAUAAAUUCGGGCCUAUCGAAAAUGUUGUUUUGCAAACCACAGCUGUAGCAACUGCUACAAUGCCCUUGGCAGCAGGCUUUGUUGGUGUCAUUCCUGCCAUGGAAAUAAUGACACAAGAAGACAAUCCUUCAGGGCCUGUCAUCUUGAAUGGUCGUCAGCUGAUACUCUGGUCAUUAGGAAUCGCAUUUUUUGGUGUGUUCUUUGCGAUACCUCUUAGAAAGCAAACAAUUAUACGAGAAAAGCUCAAUUUUCCUUCUGGAACAGCUACAGCACAGAUGAUCAGUAUUUUGCACCAACAACCUGAUCCCACGAGUACUAUUACUACUGCUACUACCACCACUACUUCUCUUACUACUCGUACAGACAUUACGACGGGUCAGUCGAAGAAAAGGAUGAGCACUAUGACACGGAAGAAUCACGUUGCAUCACAAAGUGCCAACAAACAUCGCAUCAUGAAUUCCGAGGAACAGCCUUUACUUGCACGACAACGACAACAGGAAGAGCAGCCUACCAUGGACGAUGCUCAUUUUGAGCAAAGUUGGACCAUCAAAUUACGUGGUCUUGUGCUGUCCUUCACUAUCUCCUCCUUGUAUACUUUGCUCAGCUAUUUUGUACCUACGAUUUACUAUAUGCCUAUUUUUAACUGGAUCACAUUUGGAUGGGUUGAUUUUCAAGCAUGGGAAUGGACCUUGACGCCUAGUUUCAGUUACGUCGGACAAGGUAUCAUCAUGGGCCUUCCAACGACAUUGUCCAUGCUGUUGGGUUGUAUUAUUGGAUGGGGUAUCUUGUCUCCCAUGGCAUAUUAUUUGGGUUGGGCACCAGGGCCUGUCAACGAUUGGAAAACGGGCUCCAAAGGUUGGAUUUUAUGGAUCUCACUCGGUGUGAUGAUUGCUGAUGCAUGUAUAUCUCUCUGUCUUGUCCUUGUCAAGAUGAUGAUUCAAACCUAUUAUCGGCGAAAACGUCAUCAGGAAACGCUCUUCUUUGAUCAUGUACAAGAAGAAGAAGAAGAAGCAGAAGGAUCAUUGUUUGUCGAAGAGACUGAAGUGGACGCUCCGACAAACCAAUUGGUGCCAAAAAAGAUAACGAUGCUAGGCCUACUUACCACCACGUUCACUUGUAUCUUUUUCGUUCGUCUUGUUUUCGGCCCUGAUGUACUGCCCAUCGGUAUGACUUUAUUGGCUGUCUUGGUAGCCAUGUUUCUGAGUGUGCUUGGUGUGAGAGCCUUGGGGGAAACAGAUCUUAACCCCGUAAGUGGUAUUGGAAAGAUUAGCCAAGUAUUCUUUGCAGCAGUCAUGCCUGGGGGCAUUUUAGCCAAUCUUAUCGCGGGUGGUAUUGCAGAGGCAGGUGCACAACAAGCAGGUGAUUUAAUGCAAGAUUUAAAGACGGGCCAUCUAUUAGGUGCCUCUCCCAAAGCACAGUUUUAUGGUCAAAUGAUAGGCUCCUUAGCAAGCGUCUUUUUGGCAACAGGUUUCUAUCUCCUCUUCAGAACUGUUUAUACUCUUCCUGGACGGGAAUUUCCUGUUCCUACAGCUCAGGUUUGGCUUGAUAUGUCUAGAUUAGUCAACGGUCAUCCACUACCUCCUCAUGUUACUGAGUUUGUUUUUGGCUUUGCUAUCUUGUUCACUGUACUUGUUAUUCUCAAGGAACUGGGCCAAAGCCAUCCACUGUAUGCUCGUAAGUAUCAGAAAUGGACAAAGUACAUUCCUCAAGGUAUUGCAUUUGCUAUCGGCAUGUACAAUCCCCCUAAUUUUACAUUGGCACGUGUGAUGGGAGGCGUCGUUGUUCACUACUGGAAUAAGUAUUGCGAACAGGGCGACGAUGAAUCGGAGGCAAAGAGCUGUACUGGACGAAUUCGCAGCUGGCUUGAACCUUACCGUAAAUUAGGCGGCAAGGUGUUUAUUAUUGUCAUCGCUAGUGGAUUCGUACUUGGUGAAGGUACUUUUGCCUUGGUGAAAAUGACUUUAAGUGCACUUGGUGUACCUCAUUUAUAAUACUCAUAGAUUUAACUAUAUAUACCCCCCUUCCCCCCUUCCACAAUCAAGUUUUCACUGUCAUUGUAUCUAUAUAUACACUGUGUGUGUACCUAUUUUUGUAUUAUAUUAUUUAUUGAUCAUUAUACCUACUUAUUCCCUCAAAUGAAUUGACACUAUUCAUGUCGACAAGUAAAAAGAUCAUCUUUUACAUAAAGAAACGCACUCAAUUGUUUGAUUUUUUUUUGAAAGUGUACAUAUUUUAGAUUCAACAUUAGAAAGGUGGCUUACACCUUCAUUAAAU